AUGGAGGCCAACUCGCACAGCUUCGCGUCGCCGCUCGCUAGCGUUCGAGCCAGCAACUUGCCCAUUCCCUCCCAAUUCGAGACUGUCGUUGAUGCCGUUAGCAAUGCGAGCCCAUGGACUAUCGCAUUUACCAUUCUGGCAGUCCUUGUCGCUUAUGACCAGAUCAUAUACCUCAUAAACAAAGGCAACAUUGUCGGCCCAGCCUUCAAGAUACCCUUCAUUGGACCAUUCUUGGAAUCGGUCAACCCUAAAUUCGAGGAAUACUACGCCAAAUGGACAAGCGGCCCGCUCAGUUGCGUGUCCGUCUUUCACAAGUUCGUUGUGAUUGCCUCGACCCGAGAUUUGGCCAGGAAAGUGUUCAACUCUCCAACCUAUGUAAAGCCCUGCGUCGUGGAUGUCGCUCAUAAGCUCCUGGGAAAGGAGAACUUUGUCUUUAUGGAUGGAAAGCCACAUGUGGAUUUCCGCAAGGGUCUCAACGGUCUGUUCACAAAAAAAGCAUUGCAGUCUUAUCUCCCUGGCCAGGAGGAUGUAUACAAUCAGUACUUCGAGCGCUUCCUUGGCAUUACGCAAAAAGCUGGCGGCAAACCAGUGCCCUUUAUGCCCGAGUUUCGCGAAUUGAUGUGCGCCGUGUCGCUCCGCACAUUCUGCGGCUAUUAUAUCUCGGACGAGGCUGUGAAGAAGAUCUCUGAUGACUAUUACCUGAUCACAGAGGCAAUGGAACUGGUUAACUUUCCUAUUAUUCUGCCUUUCACCAAGGCAUGGUACGGUAAGAAGGCGAGUGAUAUGGUCAUGGCCGAGUUUUGCCAGGCUAGUGCGAAGAGCAAAGUCUGUAUGGCAGCCGGCAAAGAACCCACAUGCAUUAUGGACGCGUGGGUCAAGAAUAUCCUAGCCUCAAAGCAAUGGGUCGAAGCAGAAGCCAAGGGACAGUUAGCGGAGAACAUGGAGAAGCCAUCUCCUCUGCUACGUGAUUUCGCCGAUUGGGAGAUCGCUCAGACAGUUCUCGCAUUUUUGUUCGCCUCUCAGGAUGCUACCAGCAGCGCAGCCACCUGGCUCUUUCAAACAAUGGCACAACGCCCCGACGUGCUCGAUCGAGUCCGCGAGGAGAAUUAUAAGGUCCGCAACGGUAACGUCCAUGCUGAGGUUGACAUGGACCAGCUCGAGUCCAUGACCUAUACCCGUGCGGUCGUCAGGGAGCUUCUGCGGUACCGACCUCCCGUGAUCAUGGUGCCAUAUGUGGCCAAGAAGCCGUUCCCAAUUACCGAUUCCUACACGGUUCCAAAGGGGGCGAUGGUUAUCCCGACCACGUACCUUGCCCUCCGGGACGAGGAGGUAUACGAGAAGCCUGACGAAUUCGAUCCCGAGCGUUAUUAUACCGGGGAUGCUGAGGAGAAGGGGAAGAAUAACUAUCUGGUGUUUGGAACGGGUCCACAUGUGUGCAUUGGACAGCACUAUGCGCAGCUCAAUCUGGUGCUGCUCAUCGGCAAAGCCUCGUUGCUGCUGGACUGGAAGCAUCACGCGACCCCGCUAUCGGAGGAGAUUAAGGUCUUCGCAACCAUCUUUCCUAAGGAUGACUGCCCGUUAACGUUCAACAAGAGGAAGUGGUAA